AUGUACAACUUGGCCUCUGGUCGUGAGUAUGAUGCUUCAGUCUUAGAUGAGCUUCCUGAUGAGCUGGUCUGCAAGUGGGCUGACUUUUUGGAGCAUGAGUUGUUGAGCGCCCUCAAGGGGUGUUCCAACUCCUCCGCACCAGGACUGGACCAUGUUACAUGGGCCCACCUAAAGGAGUUGCUCAAGGACAAACAUGUCCUUGCGCUCUUCAUCAUGUUGGCCAACACUUGCCUCUGGGUAGGGCAUUGGCCGCGUAUAUUCAAGGAGUUGCUUUCAGUGAUUGUCCCAAAGCCGAAUAAGCCCUCCUAUGCUGUCCUGAAGGCUUUCAGGCCUAUCAUACUCCUCAUCACUUUUGGUAAACUUAUCGAAAAGAUGAUUGCCAACAGGAUACAGUUUGAUGUGGUCAAGCAUGAUAUCUUUCAUCCAAACCAGCUUGGCAGUAUCCGCCAGAGGUCGACUGAGGAUGCUGGGUUGAUUCUGACUCAUCUCAUUGCGCUGGCUUUUGACAUCACACAGUUUUUCCCUUCCAUCAACCAUGAAAUGUUCAUGGCUGUUCUGCACAAGCAAGGAUUCUCACCAAUCUUGGUAGAUUUCUUUGCCUCUUAUCUCAUUGGUCAUUCCACAGUGUACUGUUGGAACACCUUCCAGUCCAACUCACAUUCUGCGGAUGUGGGUGUUGGGCAGGGCUCUGCUCUCUCGCCUGUUAUCUCUGGGCUGUUCAUUGCUCCAGUAAUGAAGCUCUUUUACAUCAAAGCAGCGCCACUCAACAUGACACUACUCUCCUUUGUGGAUGAUGGGACCAUAUUGGCCCAGUCCAGACAGCUUGAUGAUAAUAAUGUGGGCCUGCAUAAAGCCUACAAAAUUAUCUACCUCCUCUUUGUUGCAUUUGCACUUGUUCUUGAACACGACAAGACCGAGCUGUUUCACUUUUCAUGUCGAUGCGACACCUAUAAUCCCUCGCUGGAUCUGGGGUAUGCCCUGCAUACAGCGGUGCUUGAUGGCAGCCCGCUCGCUAUCUACAAACACGUACGCUACGCGGCCUGGGUACUAAGUAAACUAUUGAAAGAUGUCCGCCCCCCCAACCACGAGCCUUAUGGCUCAAACGCCGAAGCUCCCAUAAAGCCAGACCCACCUUGCGAAAACGGUGACGUGGGAUAA